AUGAAAUACAAAAAAUCCCAAAAUUCCAGCAUUCGUAUAUUCACGCAUGUUUUAUAUACUGGUAAAGAUAUAAUUAACUUAUUACAAUAUUUAUUAAAUGAACAUAAACACAUAAUUAAAAUGGAUAGUACAUGGACACCAUCAAAACAUACAAUAGAAUUUAUGGCUGAAGAAACAUUUUGGCAUGACUUGUUUUAUCAUGGAUUGCCAAAAUAUGUCGUUAAUAAAAAUCAUAUGAAUGUAUUUAAGGAAAUUGAAAUUAAAUGUAAUACUGAAGAAAUAUUUGAAUUAAUUAAAUCAACGUUUGUCAUAGAAAAAUCAUUUAUAGAACAAAAAGAAGUAUUGGAAUAUUUUAAAAAUUUUUGUGAAAAAUAUUCAAUGAAAUAUCAUAUGACAAUGAUAUGUACAUGUUUAAAAUGGGAAAAAGUUAUUCUUGAAUAUCAACAGCCAGAGAAUCAGAUUAUGCUUUUAAAAUUAACAUGUAAUAUUGAAUAA